UUCAUUUCUCUGUUAUCAUGAUUAUUCAUGAUGUGAAUAGUACAAUUAAUAGUACUUUCGACAACAAAAGACAAUCUUUGACCAUUCGAUAUAUCAAAUAUAAAGUAGUGUUUUGUACUGUCUUAUCAGCUGGGUAAUUUAAUGAGCUUAUCGUAAAAUAAAUUGUUGAUUUACACACCUCCUUCAUACUUUCUCACUACCACGAGGCUUUAAAACGUGGCGGGAGUUCGUUUUCUUUGUAAAUCAGUGAUAAGCAUUCGCUUAAUUAUUUUGCUUAAAUCUUUAUCUAAAACCUUUAUUCAAUCAAAUGACCGAUAUUUUGAAAAAUUUCAAUUAAUUAAUUCAAAAUUGAAAGAUAAGAUUUAAAUUUUGUUAUGAAAUCAAUCGGAAUACUUUACAGACCAAUUAAAAUGGUAGUACUCGUAGAAUUUCCCGUUAGAAAUCAUCAAUAUCCAUGUCAAUAAACAAGUGAAUAAUUAAUCAUCAUAGUAGUGACCUUGAUAACUAUAUGAGCUAUUAAAAUUCGCGCAGACUACUAAGAAUCUAAUUAUAUUGUGUUUGACGACAGUUAGCCAUUAGAUUACGCAAGAACACAUAUCAUGAAAUAAAAAAUAUUACUUAGUGCUCGAAGACCAUAAAAUUAAAGGGUAGAGACAUGACAUUACCAGCCAACAGCAGAUUGAGGGAUUGUUUACUGAAGAAAAUUCCAAUUCUCGGAUGGCUACCGUUGUACAGCUGGAGUAAACUUCUUCAGGAUUCAUUAGCUGGACUUACAGUGGGUCUUACAGCCAUUCCACAAGGUAUUGCUUAUGCAGUUGUAGCUGGACUACCUCCACAGUAUGGAUUAUACAGUGGGUUUAUGGGCUGUUUUGUUUAUCUUAUUUUCGGUAGUGCCAAAGAUGUGACGGUCGGACCUACCGCAAUAAUGGCACUUUUAGUUCAACCUUAUGUAAUCAAUCUUGGAGUAGAUUUUGCGGUUCUUCUGUGUUUUUUAACUGGCUGUAUUAUAACAACAAUGGGAAUACUUCAUAUCGGCUUUCUGGUAAAUUUCAUCAGCAUGCCGGUAAUUUGUGGCUUCACAAAUGCGGCUGCAUUAAUUAUAGCUGCUUCGCAGUUUCAUACACUCUUUGGCAUUGAAGGGAGAACAGAAAACUUCAUUGAUUCCAUCAUUAAGGUCGUUUUAAACAUUCAAAAGGUUAAACUGUGGGAUACACUUCUUGGAUUAGUUUGUAUUGUGGCAUUAGUUGGACUUAAAUUACUCCCUGGCAGUAGAAGUGGCAAUAUUUACAGAAAAAUAUUAUGGUUAUUAUCUCUUGGAAGAAAUGCUGUAGUUGUGAUAGCUGGAAUAGUUUUAGCUUAUAUUUUUUCUACAUACAAUUAUUAUCCUUUCAUCAUAACAGGACAAAUAGCUGAAGGUCUUCCACCGUUUUCUUUACCUCCUUUCUCCACAGUCUAUCACAACGAAACAUAUAACUUCCUUGAUAUGACAAAAGAAUUAGGCGGAAGUCUCGCUUCAGUUCCUUUAAUUGCCAUUCUUGAAAGCAUUGCCAUAGCAAAAGCUUUUGCAAAAGGUCGAGCUUUAGAUGCGAAUCAAGAAAUGUUAGCCCUGGGCUUGUGCAAUAUUUUUGGCAGUUUCGUUAAAUCAAUGCCAGUAACAGGAAGUUUUACUAGAACUGCUGUAAACUAUGCUUCAGGAGUGCAAACUCCAAUGGGUGGAAUAGUUACAGGUUCACUUGUUCUUCUUGCGUGUGGAUUACUCACUUCCGCAUUUAAAUUUAUUCCAAAAUCUACUUUAGCUGCUGUGAUUAUAGUUGCUAUGUAUUAUAUGUUGGAGUUUCAAAUCUUUGUCGUCCUUUGGAGAACUAAAAAAGUUGAUUUGAUCCCUCUAUCUGUGACAUUGGCUUGCUGUCUUUUGUUCAGUUUAGAGUAUGGAAUGGUGAUUGGAAUCGUUUUGAAUUUAAUCAUUUUAUUGUACUUAACUGCCAGACCUGGGUUAUCAAUUGAAGAAAAUAAUGUUGAUGGAAUCAACAUCAUAUAUGUUUCUCCGGAACAAUCUUUAAGCUUCCCAGCAGCAGAAUAUCUUCGAGAAAGUAUUAUAGAUUGGUGUGAUAGAAAAUCAUCAACAGCUCCAGUUAUUGUUGAUGGACGAUAUAUUCAUAGAAUUGAUGCAACUGUAGCAAAAAAUUUAAGACUUCUCCAAUUAGAUCUAGAAGCAAGAAAUCAAAAAUUAAUAUUUUGGAACUGGUGUGAAAGUGCUAAAAAUACUGUGAUAAGUUUUGAUAAUAACCUAACGAUUCACUUCAAAGAAUCGUCAUCAUUGGCUCAAUUAUUUUCAGAUAAUAAUGAGUAUGAAUUAAGAAUCCCAAUAUCUUCAGUCUAGUAAAAUAUCCGUGUAACAAAUUAAGAUAAAUACACAAUCAAACACAUUCAACUGCCAACAUUAUUUAUACAACAAUUAGAACACUCAUACUUCACCA